AUGGAGGGCAAACUGCCAACCCAGAGCCUCAUUAUCAUCUUGGCCACAACAAUUCCGUCCAUUGCACUUAUUGCCAUCGCCGUCACUCUGUGCUACCGAGCACGCAGACGCAGAGCUAGGUUAUUCAACCGAGGUAUCACACCAAUCGACGAUGAGGAGAUAGAGUCAUGGAAGGUGGACAGAAGAGCCAGCGAGAAGGCAUCUGUCCCUGAAGCAACCCAGGACAACCAACCUAGCCCCAAGAGCGAACGUGCUCACCGACCAAGUACCUCUGUUGGAUCCAUCCAAAAGCCACCCAGUGUCAUUGUGUAUCAGAGUUCUUCGCAGCACUUUUCCCGCAUGCCGGAAGAUCAACAGAGGAUGCUACCUUCACCAGGCACAGACACCAUUGAAUUGCCUCAAAUCCCUGUUCUCGCUCGGGCACCGAAUUCAAGACCUGGUCUCACAGACGACACGGUGCAAGGCGAAGACGCUUUCAUUUCACAACCAAAACGUCACCCAUCAAGACUAGCAAAACAACCGCCGCUUUCAUCUCCCCGACACAGCCGAUCCAAGAGCACAAGAGCUCCUCCUACUUCUUCACGCGACACCUGGUACAGCCAGAACGCAGAUAAUCAACUACCUCCUCGUCGAUCAGCCGAUACAUUCCUUCCGACAUCAUUCUCUGGCUACCAAAGGACUGACGGUAUCUACUCGUCUCGGUCUACUCCUCCACAAUCUUCAGUUGAGGAUGACAUACAUCUCGGCGGCCUCUCGCCUCGUCCUGUUAUCCAUAAGUCGGAAAUUGGACGAGCCAUUGGCUGA